AUGUCGUUAUCGUCUCGAUUAAACAAUAUUUCGUCUUCGUCAAAACAGUCGAUUAUUUCAUUAAGUAAUAUUGAUACAACAUCAUCUCAUAACAAUAAUCAAUUCGUUUCUUAUAAUAAUAAUAAAAUUUUCUAUGAUGAAAAACAACCUAUUAAUACAGUUUCAUCCGAUAUCAAAUUUAAUCAAACUAUUGAUCAAGCUGUUGAAUAUUUCGAACAAAUUCUUACACAAUGUGUUACACCAUCAACUACAUCACUGAACAAAGAUAAUAAUCAACAAGAUCGUAAAAAUGAUAUAAAAUUAAAAAUUGAAACUAAAAAACGUGAUUGUGAAGAAUUUUUAAAUUCAUUAAAUAAAAAACCAAAUUUUAAAAUAAAACAACGUAAUCAAAAAAUUGAUUGUCGUAAAUGGUGUGAAGAACAAAAUCAACGAAUGACAAAAUAUUAUAAUUCAAUUGAUGAUAAUAAUAGAACAUAUGAUUCAAAAACUCGAAAUAUUUCUGGAUCAAUAUUCUAUUGUCGUAAAGCUCUUUUACAAAAAUCUGAUGGUAUUACUUAUAUUUGUAUUCGAAAACGAUUUAAUUAA